AUGGCUGAACCUGGCUGUGAGACCUCUUCUGAGGAAAGCCUCGGCACCGAGGAGCCCACGGCAGCGGACCCGAAGAGCCCGAAGCAGAAGGAGCCGAGGCGCGGAGGCCGCCGCCGCGGCCGCCGCCGCUGCCCCGACAGUUUCGCCACCUACUUCCCCAGGGUUCUGAGGAAUGUUCACGACGGCCUGAGCCUCUCGCAGGAGGCCGUGAGCGUCAUGGAUUCGUUCGUCAAGGACAUCUUCGAGCGCAUCACCAGCGAGGCCUCUCACCUGGUCCGCACCACCAAGCGCUCCACCAUCACCUCCAGGGAGAUCCAGACAGCCGUGCGCCUGUUGCUGCCCGGGGAGAUCGGCAAGCACGCCGUGUCUGAGGCCACCAAGGCCGUCAUCAGGUUCAACGCAAGCAAAUGA